UUCAACGCAAACCGUACACUUUGCUUAAUACUCAAACGCCAACAAUGUCCGGCCUGGAGUCGUACGUCAACAAUACAGUAUCUAUUAUCACGGCCGAUGGGCGAAAUUUCGUCGGCACGCUAAAGGGAUUCGAUCAGACAGUCAAUGUAAUUUUGGACGAAUCGCACGAACGCGUUUAUUCGAUGACCGCUGGUAUCGAACAAGUCGUACUAGGGCUACACAUUAUCCGCGGAGAUAACAUCGCAAUCAUCGGCCAGCUGGACGAGAGUGCAGACAGCAAGCUAGAUUUUACUGCGAUACGCGGUAUGCCACUUGAGCCGGUGGUGCAUUGA